AUGACCAUAUUCUUUAAUGUGAAUCCUUUUUUAUCAAAAGCCAUAUACGACAUAUACACUAGCAGACAAUUCUUUACACGAAUAUCGCAGGAAAUCGUUCAAAUGUAUGCAACAAACUUUCAUCCUCAAACAUUCUAUCACCAAUAUACAACACAAUUUUUUCCUGGGUCACCUGAUGGUCAACCUCGUGUAGGUAAUAUAGGUGGUAGUCGUACGUUAUUAGCACGAUCAGAAUAUACUUAUUCAUUUCGUCUUACUGGUAUCGUACUUGGUUGUUUAAUUUUAUUCUUUUCUUUAACUUUACUAUCAACGGAAAUCGGAAGAGUCUAUCGUGGCUCGAAUAAUCUUGGUAGAAAUACUUCAAAUACAUCACAUGAAUAUUUAAUGAAUCCAACAAACCAAGUCGGUAUGAAUGAAACAGUUCAAAAUCGAAAACUUGAAAAUCGUUGGAUAUGGCCAUGGUCAACACCUACACUGUUAUUUAGUCUAAUAUUUAUAACAGCAGCUAUAUUCGGCAUAAUAAGUGGUCAACGAGAAAAUUAUUCAACAAUUUUAACAUUUUUUAUUUUUUCGUUGUUAUCAAUGUUUCUAUUAAUAUUUUUAAUUGCAUCAUAUUCGACAACAAUAUCUGGUUGGAAAACUAUUUAUGGAACAAGUGAUGGAAAUGCUAUGCCACGUCAUCCACGUAUUGAUAGAGAUCUAUCAAUCGUUUGUCUCUCAUUAUCUUGUGCGUUAUUCACUAUUUUCGUAGCUAGUACGAUUUUAUCUGGUAUAAGUAUUGAUUUAUGUACACGAAAAGAUUUCAACGAAGAAGAAAAUGAUUCAUAUAAAGCAAAUGUUGGUCAAUAG